CUCACCGUUUCUCUCCCUCUCCAACCCUCUCCGUUCGUUUUCCCCCUUCUCUCUCCCCUUUUCCAUUUCCCAAAGCAGCGACCGCGAUUCCAAAAUCCCACCAGUCCCCGUCCCCCCUCCUUACCCCACCCCACACUGGGCUGCCCCCCACUCCCCCCUUUUCACAGCACAAAUCCCCACAGCACGCUGCUGGGACGAUUCCCCCCUCCUGACCCCGCCGUUCUGCCCGCAGGGAGCGAAGUGUCCCAGGAGAGCCUCCUCCUGCACGGCCCCUUCGCCCGCAAACCCAAACGCAUCCGCACCGCCUUCUCCCCAUCCCAGCUGCUGAGGUUGGAAAGGGCCUUCGAGAAGAACCACUACGUGGUGGGCGCCGAACGCAAGCAGCUGGCCAGCAGCCUCAGCCUCUCCGAGACCCAGGUGAAAGUGUGGUUCCAGAACCGGCGGACGAAAUACAAACGGCAGAAGCUGGAGGAGGAAGGGCCGGACUCGGAGCAGAAGAAGAAAGGUUCCCAUCACAUCAACCGAUGGCGCCUCGCCACCAAGCAGUCGAGCGGAGAAGACAUCGACGUCACCUCCAACGACUAAGGCAGGGACAGGCUCCUGGUGCAGCCGCCAUGCAGAGGAACCCGGGGGACGACGCGGGGACGCGCGCGGCAUCACCCAACGAACUCUAAGGGACGUCACCGCCGCCGCCGCCGCCCCACCGGGGACCCAUCCCGUCCCCCCCCGCCGCCCGGAGCCCCGGUGCCCGGCGCAGCCCUCGGGGCGCGUUUUGGGGCUCUCCUGC